CCGGCAGCUCCAUAGCGAGAAGCCGCCCGCCGUCUUCUCCCUCCGCUCCGCUUCCCGCUUCAAACCCCAAGCCCCCGCCGCCGUCCCCCGCCGCCGCCGCCGCCGCCGCCGCGACAUGGUGAGGCUCAGCGCUGACCUGAUAUGGCACUUCUUCAACGCCGUCAAGGAGCGCGAGCUCGACCUCCGAGGCAACAAGAUCGCCUUCAUCGAGAACAUCGGCGCCACCGAGGACAAGUUUGACAUGAUUGAUUUGUCGGACGAUGAGAUUGUCAAGCUUGAGAACUUCCCUUUCAUGAAUCGCCUUGGCACCCUGUUAAUCAAUAACAACAGAAUUACACGUAUCAAUCCCAACCUUGGUGAGUUUUUACACAAGAUGCAUACUUUGGUGCUGACGAACAAUCGCCUCACAAGUCUUGCGGAGAUUGACCCCCUGGCCUCUCUUCCAAAGCUGCAAUUUCUCAGCUUACUGGAUAAUACCGUAACUAAGCAACUAGAUUACCGGUUAUAUGUGAUCCACAAGCUGAAGCAUCUGCGUUUGCUGGACUUCAAGAUAGUGAAACAGCAGGAGAAAUGUGAAGCAGCACAAAAAUUCCACUCAAAGGAAACAGAGGAGGGGGCAAAGAGGGCUGCUACAAAAGCUUAUACUCUAGGACAGGUGGUGGAUUCUCAUGGUACUACGAAGGACCAGGGCGCUAAAGUAGUUGCUCCAACGCCUGCACAAAUCACAGCUAUCAAGUUUGAGGCACCCUAUGCUAUGUACUGGCAUACUCUUGUUUGUCACCGUGAUCAGGCGUUGAGCACUGGCCAAGUUCCUGCUCAAUUUGCGCUCCCCAAGCCUGACACCAACAUGGCCCAAGCGUCCGAGGAAGCUGAAGCUGAGAAGAUGGAGACAGACGGUCAGGACCAGGAGGAUGGGGCUGAUGAGCAGAAGCAAACUGAUGAAAGCGCCCUGAUUCAAGAGGCUGCUAUCGUGAACUCUCAGCCACUCGAUGAACUUACCAGGCUUGAAAAGGAAUUUCUGGGAGCUGAUUUGGACUGCAUAUAUGAUACCUUAAGCAACAUAGGAUCAUACAUAUACAAGAAUUUUGAGCGAGCCCCGUUCAAUUUCAUAGUGAGCUGGCGCAAAAGGUUUUUCCGUGGCUUGCAUAUUCUGCCGCCGCCCCGGAGGCAGGAACCAGGUAAGCCUUAUGCACUAACAAUGCUAUCAUGUUACUACCUGUAAUCAUAUGUGAUGUCAUAGCUCACGGCCACCAUGCAGGACGACCGCCGUAGCUCACAGCCAUCCCACAAACACCGAUGCUACAAUGCUAGCUAAACCGACGUCAUUAGUUCACCUCAUCUGGGCCAACAAAAGCUGCCACCCUCACUUCACAAGAUUGUGUUGCCUGCCAUGCUGAACCAUGACCCUGCCAUAUAGAGUCGUCUCUAUAUCGCAUUCCUAUGCCGCCACCCAGCUUCUUGCCUAGGCCACUUGCCGCAAAGAGAUGUCCGUACAACCUAUGUAGACUCUUGCAACCACGCCUCAUCAACGACUUAACCAACAUGAACAGACAAGGCACCAUGUCAGAUCCCCUGCUCACCACUAGCUCACUGAUGCUUAAGCCACCUUCCAGCCUCGUUUGCCUCUUCUGAUAAGCCACCUUCUAGCCAACCGCGCCUCAUCACACCUUUAUUGGUGGUGCAAGCGAGUAUCACUCAUGAUAUUUGCUUUGGUUUCUACAAUGUGGCAAAGCUAACUGUGACGGUUAUUUGGGAAUGCAGUCCACUAGCGUCUUAAAUUGAAGUGCCCACUGUCACAAGGCAGUGAGGCUACAUGCAAGUUGGGAGAAGUUAGAUUAAUAGGUUUGAUUAGUGCAAUGCAGUGAAAGUUGUAACAGUUCGGGUUGUAAUAAUUUAAGCAAUUUUAAGUUUAUUCUAUUUUUACUCAUUACCAGCAUGGUAAUGUGCCUGUAAUAAUAUGACAUUACAGAUUGUAAUAAAUCAUUCCAUUUAUU